UGAUGCAAAUGUUCACAUAGCUCUAAUGCUGCAAGAAAAAUGAGUGAUCCUACAAGAAAUAUUAGAAUCCACUAUGGUGAGAAACUAAAUUGGCAGUCCUGCAAGAUGUUGUUCAGUUCUUGAUAAUAUGUGCCAGUAUGGAAGUUUCCCUCUACCAGAUUUGUUUUAAGAAAACUCUCAAAUGUUUGACAUGAUCGACCUUGCAAAUUUCCAGAAACCUGGAGAGACAUAUCAAUCAGAUCGAUCAUGUCACAGAUAGUCGUUUUAAAAGACAAAGAAUCCAAGAAACUAGUAAUAGUUGGCAACACACAUCUGUACUGGAAUCCUAAAUACCACAUAAUAGCACUGUUCCACAUACACGCCCUGUAUAGCAAGAUCCAGGCUGUUACGGAGGUUUAUCAGAAGCAGGGGGAGGGUGUCAGUGUGGUUAUUUGUGGUGAUAUGAACUCUCAGACAACCAGUUUAGUUCAUGCUUAUCUCACUGAUGGAGUGGUCUCGCAGGUCGAGAAUGGGGACGAAUUGCAAAACUUCUUGCAUAAAAAUGUUUGGAAUCCUUUAAAACUUACUCUGGCCCGGGGUGAACCAAACUACACAAACUAUACUGCUGACUUUAAAGACGUUAUAGAUUAUAUCGUGUGUGACGAAAAUUCAACGGUUGGUCACGUGACUCUAUCUCCAAAUCUUUCUGAUCUGGAGAAAAGUGAGGGAUGUCCUAGUCCUAUAUUUCCCUCUGAUCAUCUUCCCAUUAUAUCUGAUAUUAUCCUACUUGGAGAUACUGUUUAGAUCUUAACAACUUUUAGCACUUUCUGUGAAAUAUUACUUCCAUCGUUGAUCGUGUGUGGAGUAUUUUUUUGAAUUCGUGAA